GCACAAACCACCCUUCCCCUGUGGACAACACAACACACCUCGAUCAAGAUCAACAGCAGGACCGAGCAAGUCUAUCACCACCACCACCACCACCACCCCAAUGCUCUAUUCCGUCAGAUCUCUUCCCCUAUACCGGACCGCAUUUCAUCACGUAGCUCAUCGUAGUCUUCAUACUACUCCACUAGUACUCAAGGUCAAUCGAGGAAUGCAUACAGCCCAACCAACUGCCAAUCAACUACGGGACAAAGUCCGUCAGUGUAUAGACAAUCUCCGCACCAUCGAGACCGGUCUCUCUCAGAUGCCCGCAAAACCACAGGCCCGCCGGAGCUAUUCACCAGAGGAGUAUCGGGAUUACUGUUUUGGUCGUACUAAGGAGCCACCACCGGGAAUGUGUCCACAUCUCGUCGAAUUAAUCGAGUACCGGGUAGGUGGCCUCCUUUCCCAUGAGGUUCUGGAUAUAUUGCUAAUAUCAUCUGAUAGAAUGGCAUGCUCUCGAGCUCGCAAGAGAAAAUGCUCGUAUACGGGGACUAUACCCCAAUCGGAGCACUAAGUAUGAAAACAAUCCAAGGGCAUGACGCAAAUCCAAUUAUCACUAACCCAAGACCGCAGUACAUAUGGUCUACAGCGCAAGGCUUCACAAAACAAUUCCCGAUUGCAUAGGACUGCAAGAGGAACUCGACGCGCUUGCCAGUCAGGAGGAAUUCGUUUCCGCUCUCCGCGAGGAGGCGCGAGCCCGCGGGCUCGUGGCGGAAGAGGUUUGCGAUGCCGUUCACGGGCUCUUCGAUGCGGUAUCGGAGGAAACGAGGAUCCCGAGCAGUGAGAUCGUUGUCGAAGCGGGAAAAUAUACUCCCAAUCAAGUGGCUGCGCUUGUUGCUAUCUUAAAGGCCCAGGCAAAGUGGCCAUCCCCGCUAGAGUGGAGGGAGCAACCGUCCGAUCAUUAAACGGUGCAGGGAAAAAAAGUGGCUGGUUGUAUCAUAUAAGAGGACAUCAUACUUGUACAGCACAGUGCAAUAACUCAAAUUCUACCGGU